UUAAUGAAUAUGAGAAUGCAGUUUCAUUAUAAACAGUUUAAGUGCAACAUUAUUAAUAACACUUUCUUUUCCUUGCAGGGAGCAGAUGUAAAUGAUGAUAGCCAUGAUCAUAAAUAUGCACCUCUUCACUUUGCUGCUCUUUCAGGAGAUAUUGAGACUGUACAACUUCUUCUUGAGAACAAUGCAAGGCCAUACCAUGUAAAUACCUUGGGCAGGACUGCUGCACAGAUGGCUGCAUUUGUUGGAAACCAUGCUGUUGUGGCAUUGAUUAAUAAUUAUAUUCCUUUGAAGGAUGUAUCAUAUUAUGCAUCUCCUCAGGGAUUAAACACAGAACCCAAAUUAUUGCCAACCAUGGUGAAACCUCUUUAUAAUAUAAUUUUGCAGGUAAAUUUGCAUCCUGUUAAAAUUGCAUUGACAGUUGAUAAAUCCAAGGAUCUACAACAAAACAUUUCCAAAGCUGUGGAAGUCUUGAAUUUGAUGCGAGAAAAGGAGAAUAAGCGCCCUGAAAAUGUUAAUGAGAUAAUUUGCAUCAAACUUCAUUACCUUGCAUAUGUUUUGAAGACUUUGGAGAAAGAAAAUAAGAAGAUGACAAAUGAAAUGUCUGAAGACAAGAAGACAUCAAUGUAUGAAAGUAUCAUUAAAAAAUGGCUUCGUGCACGUCCUUCGGAUGGGUUUGAAGAGCACUUGGAAUUUUAUAUUCGUGAUGCCAUUAAAUCUUUUCCACAUCCUGAAAUGCCCUUAUUUAUGCAGUUAGUCCAAAAUCUUUCAGGAUCCAGGGUGGGUGACUCCUGGGCCUUAGGUACUUUAAGUGGUUGCAUAAAUGGACAAAGAGCAUUCCAUGAUGAACAAGGAUGCAUAGCUUGUGGAGACGAGUCCAAAACUAUCAAGAAAUGUUCAAAGUGUAAAACUGCACGAUACUGUAGUACUAUUUGCCAAAAGUUACAUUGGGGUAGCCAUAAGAAAUUUUGCGAGACUAUUUAUUUAGAAAAGAAAAAAGGGCAAGAGGAAUUAGAGAAAGAGAAAGAAAAGGAAGACCAAAAGCAGCAACAUGUAGAAGAAUUGAAGAAUGAUGAAGAAAAGGAAAAUGAGGAAAACUCAAAAGUACCAGUUGACAAUAAAGAGAGUGAAAAGAAUUCAACCUGAAGUUUCUCCUAGGGAAUCAGGUGCUAGGUUCUCUUCUCCAUAGGCAAAUUUUUAUCAUACAACAAAAGUAGGCAUUUUAGGAAAUUUUCAGAUGAAUGUAUUUACUUUUUUUUUUCUUUCAUUUUUGCAAAGCUCUUACUUGAGGUAAACUUUAAUACUUCCAGAUCUUUCUUAUGAUGUCUAAUACCAAUGAAGGUAGUUUUUAUCUGUCAAAGGAUUAUAUUUAAUGAGUGCCAGUUUGUAGAAAAAUAGUACUACUGUAUAUUAAAUAGGAGUAGUUUAAAUUAGAUGUAGUCUGGUGUGUUUUUUUUAUUUGAACUUUGCAUGUAGAAAAUUUUAUGUUACAUAUUACUUAUUAUUUAUUUUAUAUACUUCCUGUAGAAGUUAUGUAUUCUUAAGAUCAUAGGAGAGGAAAAUGUUAUCCCAUUUUGUGUAUAGAGUGAAUUGGAGUAAAUCUUCUCUUUUCAUGUGUCCUUUGUUGAAAUGUCUUUAAUGUCCAGCUUUCUGUGCAUUUUUCCUGAGGAUAGCCUUUAUUAAUUCAUUCGUCGUUAAAUGGUGAGCAUAUACACUUGUCUUAAAAGAGAAUACGAUUUUCUUGUGAUUUUCUGAUUUAGGUAACUAAAUAACUACACCAUUAGCUGAUUCACACAUGCCUUUAUUUCAAGAAAGAAACAUUUGUGAAACAUUACCUGUAACUAUUAAACAUGAAAAUUAUAAUUUUUCCUGUUUAAUGUAUAUACGUACUAGUUCUAUAGUAAUCUCCAAAUGUAUGUCUUGUAGCAUAGAAUGUACGUAGUUACAUUUCAUUCCAGAAUAACAUUCAAAGGGUUUAGCUAUCAAAAAGUAGUUGAGAUGAUUAUGCCCAAAUAUUUGUGCUGCUGAUAACUGUAGCGAAAGUAUAUUUACAUUUUUUGAAAUCACUCAGAAGUGCAUACCUGGUCAAUUACAAACUUUCUCAUUUUCCUUAACAAAUUACUUUCCAAUUACACAGGGAUUUUUUUGCAAUACCUUAGUGAAUAUUCUGAUUUUGUGGUUGUGGAAAUUGCAAAGUUUUGUAAUAUUACAGUAUAUUAAUUAGGAACUUCAUUCAUAAAAUUUUUGAAGGAGCAAAGAUGGAAUUGAUUAAUAGUGGAAUGGCAUUUAGAAGGGAAAUUCAUUGCUUGUUUGGUUGGUUUUGUUCGCAGUGCUUACUUCUAGUGUUGAUAUUUAUCACACUAGAUGUUGCAAGAAAUUGAGUAUGAGAUUUUGUCUCUUACAUAUAGAUGAAUUGAAAAUGGACUGAGUGAACAGUACAAGUAUAUAGUUAUCAUUCAUAGUUAUAAUUGUUCUUUCCUACAGCAGGCUCUGGGUAUAAAUGUUCCAAAUCGGUCAGAUGUGGUGGAUAUGCUUUUGUAUUAACUAAUAGAACUACAGUGCAGUAUGUCACUAAAGUUAGUUAGCUCAAAUUGAGAAUGAUUGGGAGAAAAUUACAAUGAUGUUUUCAUUAUACAUUGACAUCAUUAAUAAUAAAUGUUAUAACACUCUUAUGACCCCAGAAUGGGUGAAUAAAAUCUGCAAUUAUAUGUGUGCAGUGCACAUAAAUGUGCUUAGUUAAAGGAAGCUUUCAUCAACUCAAUAAGUUAGUCUUUUCAGCCUUGAACAGAGGCCAACUGAUCCAGUUGAUAAAUGCUUCAUUUAAUAAAGAAAAUGUACGUAUUUAUAUCCAUAUAAUUGAGGGUUUUCUUCACCCAUUGUCAUCAUUGUUCUGUUAUGUGACAAGGCCUGGGUGUAAAUGGAUAAAAAUCAGUCACAUUUCAUGGAUAUACUUUUUAUUAGUAGAACUACACUGCAGUAUGACACUAAAGUUAGCAAGUCUUACCCACUCCAAAGAUCUGUAAUUUAGUAACUCCAAAAACUCGGUAGACUUGAAGAAUGUAUGGCACCCAAACAAGAGUUGGUAUGUUAGUGGUAUUAUUAUUACCAAAUUCAAAUUUUUUUUUAGUAUUGGUUAAGUUUUUAUACCAGUUCUUGUGGCAAUAAAAGCAUUGAUGAGUUGAGAUGCAGGAGCUUCUCCAAAAGCUUUGAGCAAAUGGACAAACUCUUCUACAUGUAGAAACAAUAAGUGAAUGGGAUUGCCAACCUGAAAAUAACAUUGAAUAAUAAAUGGCUUUAUUGAACAUCUUUUAGGGUAGGGUGAAGCAUCCACACUACUUCAGCAUAGUCCAACCAACAACCAUCACACUGACACCUUUUGUGUACCUUUGAGGCAAGAUAUAUUGAGAUUAGUAGUCCCCAUGGGUUACCCAGUGCCCCUUAAGAUAACUAGGACUGGUAAUAGAGUACCUUUUGUUUUUCUUUGUAGUGAAGUGUCUCCCAAGCCUGUGAUUAAACAGCUUUCCAAAGGGCAGUGGGGCUACACCCUAGCCAGGGGGUCUGACGGGUUGUGCACCUUGGCAGAAGGUGGCCUGUAGUUAACCACAAGACAGCAUUCUCGUUCUAGCCUUUAGCUAAAGCCUUGUAACUACAUACGCUUGCACCUUAUUCCCAGCAGCAAGUGAUGAGUAGAAAAAAUGCUCAGUGGAUGACUUUUGCAGUCACGUUCAAUUUUUCUUGACAAAAAUAUUAUUAAGCAUCAUGUUGACUGAUGAUCAUAGGUAUUACAGAAGUAUUACCAGUUGGAAGUGCUGUCAAGUAAUUUUGGAAUACCAUUUGCCCCACUUGCACACUGAUAACUCAAGGAUGUUCAGUUUCAUCUUGUAAAAUACCACCAAGCUGUGAUAUUUAUAAUACAAACCUAACCAUAGAACAUGUAACUUUGUAUUUACUCAUUAUUUAAGAUCACAUAUAAUUUGAUAAUAAAACAAACCCCACCAGAAGUGAUAGUCCUAACAAUGAGACUUCAAGGUCUGAGGUGCAGUAAUUUCUAAAAUUAUGGAAUUUGAGUAAAGCAUAUCUUUUGACAUGCAUUUUUAUGUAUUAUUUAAGGUUAAUGGUCUGUUACACUGAUUAACAGGUUUUUGUAGUUUUACUGAGACUCUCAAUAUGGGUCUGUCUUUCUGAUAUAUAAUUCCUAGUAACUGAUUAUUAAGGUUUGAAUAUGUUUUUCAUGUUUUUACUACAUUUACUGAACAUGAUUUUGUUUAAUGUAGUAGUUCCUUGGUUUGAACAAUGAAGUGGUCAAUAUAAAAAAUUAUGUAUGCACAAUAGAGUAGGUUGUUAGGUGUACUACAUCUAGAGUUAAAAUGUAAUGUCAGUUCCAGUCAAAUUAUUACUGUAUUGUAUAUAAAUAUAUUUGUAUCAAUUAGAAAUGAGAGAGAUGGUAGAUUUUGUUCAAUGAGAUCUAUCCGAAAUUAUAAUAAAUUUGUAGGCUUGACAAGUUUUCAGUUGAUUUUUAGUUCUGAAUAAUAUUUUGGAGUUGAAAGUUUUAUAUAAAGGUCUAGUUAAGAUACUUAAAUGUAAUGUACAGGUAUGGGGAUGAGAUGAACUCCCUCUGUAACAGUAUUUACUUUCUAAUGCUUCUUGUAUAAAGGAGGGAGCUUGUCCCAAUGAUUUUUAUUUCAUAGAUCUUGUUUUGUUGUCUUGCUGUUAAUUGUAUGAGAGAAUAUCUAUUGAAAUAAAUGUAAUAAAGGUGUGAAGAAUGUUGAACAGAAUUUGGGAAUAAAGUAAGCUAAUUUUC